UAGUCGCCGCCCUGUGUGCCCUCGCGGCCUCUUCAUCAGCGCCACCGGCCCUCGGCCGUAUGCAGUUCGAGAGCCCGCCCGAGUUUACAGGCGUGAUCGCGCCCAGCAGGAACCCCGUUCACGUCAUGGGAACGCAGCUUUGGCUCAGGUGGACUCCAGCGCCCAAAGGAAAGAAAUUAUCCAUCAUGCUCUAUUAGCUUACUGCAGCUGAGGCUGCCACCUUUAACGGAAAACCCCACGGAGAACUAGCAGAGUACAUCACUCGUACAGCAGCCACAAGAAACUAAAGAUGGCAUCUGUGGUUAACUCCUGUGCUUACAGACGACCAAGUAGACACAACGAGCUUUGUCUGGCUCGUAGGACAGCCAAGAACUUUUCCGUCUCUCAGAUGUUUGCUUUGGGCGUCUGGGGGGAGAAUACGAUGGCACCCGACUCGGCGACCAAUAUCUUCAACAUCACUAGCGCUACGGCCGACACAAGCAGCAGCAGGCUUUCCGGCUCCCCUUCUAAUACCACCAGUAACGGCGAGGCCCAUGCCACGACCGGAUCCAGUUUGCCAGCUGCCGAUCGGUUCACGAAACGAAGGCAUAUCGGCUGGCGUUAUAAUGGGGGUAGUAAUCGGCGUUAUCUCCGCUGUGAUACUCCUCGUCGGCCUGGCUUGGUACAUCGGGCGCCGCGAGACCAUCAAGCGACAAGAGAUGAUCCAGCCGGUGGCCAUACAGGGCCUCCCACGGCACUACGCGCAUGCCUGACAGACACUGUUUCGCCGGCCCGGCAAGCGACCUUAACACGGGGCCUACCCUGGCUGAGGCGCCGCCGGAUAACCGCAGGCACGAGUUUUGGUUCAACAGGGAGCAUGGGGUAUCUGUUCUUCAUUAGGACAAAGUAGAUACAUGUAUAUGUUGACGACUGGAGUCCGAACCUUUGUCCGUUCUUCCCCUGCGCCCGACCCAUUUCGUUGGCAAAUCUUCUUCAAUGAUUCUUUUGAGCAACCGGGACACCCCCCCUUCCCUUCGAACUGACUAAUUACCAACUCCAAGCAGUGAAUCGUCCGGCGAGGC